AAUAAAGGUAAUUAUGUGGAUUAAAAAACAAUAUCAAGAUAAAUUAAACUCUCUAUAUAAACCAGAAAGAGAACCUACUCUUCUCUGAAGAUCUCUUCGCUCUAGAGCAUCCUCACCAGACAUGGCUACCCCUGUCAUCAAGAACACCAGGCUCUCCCGUGCCAUGGAGAGGACUGGCCAAUGGGUUUUCUCUCAAGAAAUCCCAACUGACGUUGUAGUUGAAGUGGGUGAAGCUUCUUUCUCCCUCCACAAGUUCAUGCUCGUGGCAAAGAGCAACCAUAUAAGAAAACUGGUGUUAGAAUCGAAAGAUCCUGAUUUAACAAGGAUUGAUCUGUCUGAUAUACCUGGAGGACCUGAGAUCUUCGAAAAAGCAGCGAAAUUUUGCUAUGGUGUAAACUUUGAAAUCACAGUACACAACGUAGCUGCACUCCGUUGCGCCGCCGACUAUCUCCAAAUGACCGAUAAAUACUGCGACAGUAACCUCACCGGUCGGACUGAGGACUUUCUCUCCCAAGUUGCCUUGACUAGCCUCUCCGGCGCGGUCGUCGUCUUGAAGUCCUGCGAAGAGCUUCUUCCCAGGGCGGAAGACCUCAAAAUUGACCAAAGAUGUGUUGACGUAGCAAGUGCUAAGGCCUGUAAUGAGGCGAAUUUUCCGAGUCGAUCACCGCCGAAUUGGUGGACGGAGGAGCUAUCAAUCUUAGACGUAACUUCUUUCGAGAAGGUCAUAGCUAGAAUGAAAUCGCGAGGAGCAAAAGCCAUGACCAUAGCCAGCGCAAUCAUCACAUACGCCGAGAGAUCACUGCGCGAUCUUGUUCGAGACCACUCCGGGAACGGCGUGAAAUCACCAGAUCCCGGCGACUCCAACGUCAGAAUCCGGCAAAGAGAUCUUCUCGAGUCUAUCGUCGCUCUUUUACCCUCGGAAAAGGCCGCUUUUCCGAUCAGCUUCCUCUGCUGCCUCCUCAGAACGGCGAUUUUCCUGAGAGCAGCCAACAGUUGCAAGAACGAGCUCGAGAAGAGAAUAUCGGUGAUCUUGGAACACGUGACUGUUGACGAUCUUCUGGUGGUUUCUCACACUUACGAUGGUGAGGGGCUAUUUGAUCUGGAGAGUGUGAGGAGGAUCAUAUCGGGAUUCAUGGAGAAGGAGAAGAGUAUGGCGGUGUUUAACGGCGGCGAUUUCAGGGAGGUGUGUUCGACGGCGAUGCAGAGGGUUGCGAAGACUGUUGAUGCUUACCUUGGUGAGAUAGCUACGUAUGUUGAACUUAGUAUCUCUAAGUUCAAUGGGAUCGCAAACUUGGUGCCCAAGACGGCUAGGAAGGUUGAUGAUGAUCUUUACCGGGCUAUUGAUAUCUACUUGAAGGCUCAUCCAAACUUAGAUGAGAUUGAGCGUGAGAAAGUAUGCAGUGUGAUGGAUCCACUCAAACUUUCCUAUGAAGCCAGGGUCCAUGCUUCACAGAACAAGCGUUUACCUGUUCAAAUUGUGCUUCAUGCCCUAUACUACGAUCAACUGAAGCUAAGGAGUGGCACCGAGGACAGGACCGCGCCCGACGCCAUAGCCACGAGGAACCAGUUACAGGCAGAUGUGUCAUUAAUCAAAGAGAAUGAGGCCUUAAGAACUGAGUUGCUGCAAAUGAAAAUGUACAUUACUGAUUUGCAGAAGACGACUCCUCAAGGCACAUCAAGCAAAGGAGGUUUGAAGAAGACAACUUUCUUUUCAUCUAUGUCUAAAACUUUGGGGAAGUUGAAUCCUUUCAAGCACGGAUCCAAGGAUACUUCUAAUAUUGAAGAUGCAGUCGAUAUUACCAAGCCUAGAAAGAGGAGAUUUUCCAUGUCUUAGAAAAUUUUCUCUCUCUUAGGUGGGGUGAUUUUUCUUUUUCUGUUAUUGUAUUGAAUUUGUGCAAAGGUUUGAUUGUUUUGCUCAACUUCUGAAUGAAAGAACUAAUCUGUUUGUGUGUGAAAAAUUUGAGAGCAUUCUCCUUUGUUUGUUUGUGUGUGCUUAUUUUGUCCUGUUUACAAUUUACAGGUAGAGAGGGAAAUACAACUCUUAGGAGUUGUCAAAUUUUUCUUCUUUUAAGUAAGAGCUCUUAGUUUUCAUAUUUUUUACAUUCAAU